AUGUCGUAUAGACCGGGCCACGAUGCAAAUCCAUAUAUCGACUAUGCUGCUCAAUCCGAACCUCAUCCUGAGGAGCGCGUUUUCGGAUCGCAUGUCCAAGAUAUACAGCACGGUGGCGGUCCAGGUCUCAGUACACACGAACACUUUGGAGCGCAUCCACAACAACAUCCUCAACAGCAGCAGCCGCCGCCACAUCACCAACCUCAACACCAAGUGUAUACUGGCCCGCAUCCCCAGGGCGGCAUGGCCCACCAUCAGUCCCCUCAAUUUGGUGGUGGGCAAGGGCUGAUGUAUCCGCGCCAGAUGCAGCCGGCGUCUGGCACAAAAAGGUCGCGGGAUGAUGAGGAGAUGGAUAUGAGUGGCUUGCCAAUGGAACCGCAGAUGGGAGGCAGCGCUAUACCGGGUCUACCUCCUCAUAUGCAACAGCCGUCGAUGGUGGAUUAUCCUAGUUCGUCCGUACAAUCAUACCACAGCCAUCCACUACCACCUUCAGCGCAUCAACCGAAGCGACAACGUUCUGAUGAUCCAAAUUCGAGUAUGAUGUCUCAAAGUGGUGGAGCACCUAGUGUUGUUGGAGUAGCGGGAAUGCCUGACCCUGCUCCAAGACCUCGCGGGCCUAAGCUGAAAUUCACACCAGAGGAUGAUCAACUGCUUGUGGAUCUAAAGGAGAACAAGAACUUGACCUGGAAACAAAUUGCAGAAUUUUUCCCAGGCCGAUCUUCUGGGACAUUGCAGGUCCGUUAUUGUACGAAGUUGAAGGCCAAAACGACCCAAUGGACGGAGGAGACAAUUCAAAAACUUCGGACAGCGCUUCAUGACUACGAACAAGAGAAGUGGCGCAUUGUAGCACAGAAAGUAGGCACGGGCUUCACAUCUGCUGCUUGUAAAGAGAAAGCUAGCGAGUUAUAG